AUGCUAUUUAUUUUAGUCCUCAUCACAGUUGCGACGGCUUUGGCAACUGGAAAUGCAGCUGUACCUGCCAAUGUCUUUCAGCCACCAUGGUUGAUGAAGAGAAAAACAGAGAUAAAAAUUUCCGAAUUGGCUAUGGAGAGUUUUAACAUAUCUCACAGUAACUUGACCAUAAUUGACUCCAAGCCUUUGUCGAUUUUCUGUAUUACUUGCGAGACCUCUGGUAAUCUGACCCUGAGCACAAUCAAGGUCAAGAAACAUCAAGGGAUGGUCAAGAAGAUUAAAGGUUUCUUCGACGAUCCCGUUCAAGUGACGUUAAAUAAGUUUGGUCUGAAUCUCAACCUGCACUUUGGAGAUGUCCGAGGCUACUUUGAAUUUGAAAUCCAGGGCGAAGGCGACGGGGAAUUCAAGUUUCCGCUGUACAUGACGGAAACUCCGAUAGGCAUGGCCUUGAGUGAUGAGCUCUCAGUCGGAGUCGUACUAUUCAUUGAUCUGGUCUUCUCCUCCGCCGCAAAGGAUGAGCUCGAUAUGAACACGGGAUUCGAGUUUUCCUUUCCUCUAGGAGCUAAUAUUUCUGUGGACUCUCUGAACGGAGAUGUUCUCCAUCAUAAAUUCAAUGAGGGUCCGAUGAAAAGUCUCCCAAUCCUUGUCAGGUCAGGCACGGCCAAUUUUACGGCUGCCUUGAGGGUCCAUGUUCAGUGCGGCGUUUCCGGCAUUAUCGCUGGGAAUGGGUACGAUGUAGGACUCUCGGUCUUUGCCAACAUACUCGAAUACCAGAGUAGAAUCGAGCGCAACACCAUUGGAUUUGAAGGUCCCAAAGAAAAAUCAGUCGAAGCAAGCGACGCCGACGCUGGCGAUGAGAAUAACGGUGACUACGUGGAUAAAGUGGAUGGAAGUCAAGGACAAGCUGAAAAUAAUGAUAAGCCUUUGAAUGGAAGCGACACUGCUCAAAAAAGUCCUGCGACUAACGACGUUGUCGGUGACGGGGAUGAAGCCGAUGGUGAAAAUCAAGAAAAAGCUGAAAAUAAUGACAAACCUAUGAAUGGUAGCGACAUUACUCAAAACCGUCUGGAGACUAAUGGGACAGUGGGCGGUGCAGAAAAUCAGACUACCAGCGAUUGUGAUAUGCUCGCCGAACAGGUGUUUGAUGUCAAUAUUGGAGCAUAUGCGCAUGCACUGGCAAAGUUCGACUACAAAGCCAUAGGAUUCUCACCUACCUCCACCAUAACGGUCUAUCAGCACACAAUUAGCGAUAGUUGCAUCAGAGAUGCUCCAAAAACUGCGCCACCAACAACGACAACCCCCAAGCCAGAUGAGGAGAGGCCACCGACUACGACGACAUCUUCGUCUGAAGUUACCACGACGGGAACAUCACACCCCAUGGCUCUCCCUCGACACGAAAUCUUCACUAUUUCCUAG